CAAAAUUUCUUCUUUUUUUGUUUUUCUUUAUGAAAUUUUCAAACUUGUUCCUCAUUUUCGAGCAAAAGAAACUUUUCUAAAGGAAUGCGUUGAACUUUGGUUACAAGAAAAAACGACGACGUCACGUGGAUGCUGGGAACUGCAGCGCCUGGAUUGGCCACAGUGCGUCUCUUCUGCGCUUAAGCACAUGGCAACACCCCGCGGAAAAAAUCUUGUGAGGAAGGUGGAUUCUGAAAAAAACGAGUGGCAGUGGAUUGGAGGAACACACAGGUCACGUGUAUUGGCGAGCGAGUUUCGCUGGGACGCUGUGAGUGCGGGUCAGGUCCGUCCAGGCGCCUAUUCACUGUACCGCGUCCGGCCAAGUACGCCGUCCGAGCUUCUGGCUUUCCGGCUUCAGGUAUGCUGUGCCCAUGUUUUACUAUUGGCAGUUCUUCCGGCUUUUUUUGCUGCUGACUGGCACCUGCAGGAAGCCGAGCGGUACAGGCAUCCAGAAAAGGCUUUUAUUUACAGAAUGCACGAUUAUGAGGCUCCUGUUGGCCCUCUUCGGCGCUUCGGUCCCUGCCGUGACUCCAAACCAGCCAAGCCGCGACCUCAUUAUGCUCUCUUAAGCAACCGGCCGGCUUGCGUAAGUCUUCUUUCGCUCGUGCGAGAUGCUGUAAGCCGCCUGCCCAACGGCCAAGGAACCCGCGAUGACAUCAUCACUUUACUUAAAGAUUCGCAAUACCUCAAUCCGAACCUCACGGAAGAGCAGUGCUCUACUCUUGUCAGCUGUGCUUUGGAUCGUUUGCACGCUGAAGCGGAUCCCUGCGUGAAAUACGACAGCCAAGAAAAAGUUUGGGUCAAUCUGCAUCACAACAGAACUGCUGAAAUGAUGGAAAAUGAAUUAAAAUUUUCUGAAGAAGCGAAUAAAUUAAAAACAAAAUUCAUAAAAGAAACUAAAAGCGAAACUUCCGUUGUAACUGAUUAUCCUCCUGCAAAAAGUAAAUACAACUUGCGGCCCUCCAUUCAGCAUCGAAAAUCUUAUGAAAGUUUAUGUGAGGAAAUGCAUGAACUUUUUGGUGAAGAAAAUGACAGCGGCACUAAUUUAGAAGAUAUCUCCAGCGAAGAAUCUCUACAAGAAAACACCCUUCGAUUAUAAUUGCUUAGUGAGCCCUAUA